AUUUAGGGCAACAUAUCGAUUGUCAAUGUCAAAAAAUCAAUAGCAAGGGGUUACGAAAGUGAUGAGCGGACGUAUAAAAUAAGUCUUAUGUCAAAAUUCAAAAUAGUAAAUAAAUGCAGUGUUUUAUGUGUGGUGCACUUUGUGGUUUAUAAACGAAAUAACAAUGUUUUCUUCAAUUAAAAACGUGUUAGUUCGUGUGCGAUCUCGUUACCGGCGUUGUGUAGAGAUGAAUCGCAGCAGUUAUUGGAAGCUCCAGAUGUGCGGCACGGAGGAGGAGAUGCGAGAAGUGGCGGGCCGUAUCUGCAGGAACUACCUCCAUGGAGCAUGGAAGACCACAGACCCAAGAGAUCUGGACUUCAAGAGGAUCAGCGGUGGGCUCUCCAACUUCCUGUACUACGUGGCGCUGCCGUCGGACCCGGCCAAGCUGGGCGGCUUCCGGCGCGAGAGCUCGCCGGACGCCGAGCAGGACCACAAGCUCAAGAAGCAGAUGCUCAGCGCGCACUCCUUCUCGCUAGAUGAGCCCAAGAAGGUUUUACUGCGCAUCUACGGGCAGGUGCACGGCGAGCGAGCGAUGGACGCCAUCGUGACGGAGUCGGUGAUCUUCACGCUGCUGUCGGAGCGCCGCCUCGGGCCCAAGCUGCACGGCGUGUUCUCCGGCGGACGCAUCGAGCAGUACAUACCGGCGCGGCCGCUGCUCACAAAGGAGCUCUCGGAGCCGGCGAUGUCGAUGAAGAUAGCGGAGAAGAUGGCCGCCAUACACUCGAUGGACGUGCCGCUGUCCAAGGAGCCCAACUGGCUGUGGAAGACCAUGGCCAAGUGGCUGCGCACCGUCAAGGAGGAGCGCCUGGCGGAACUGCCCCGCGACAUGCGAGACGAAGAGCGUCAGGUGGCGGAGCGGCUGCGCGCGGUGCCGUGGGAGGCGGAGAUCGAGUGGCUCAAGCGGCUCACUGCGGCGCUCGCCUCGCCCGUCGUCUUCUGCCACAACGACAUGCAGGAGGGCAACAUCCUCAUCUUUGAAGACGAGGUAGAAACGGGCGGCGAAGGGUCCGGCGACGGGGAGGGGGUGGGGGGGGAGUACGCGUACAAGGAGGCGGACUCGGCCUCGGUGUCGUCCGCCGAGCUGGGCGAGCCGAGACUGGUGCUGAUCGACUUCGAGUACUGCGCGUACAAUUAUAGGGCCUUCGAUAUUGCUAAUCACUUGCAGGAGUGGUGCUACGACUACACGAACCCGGAGCACCCGUUCUACUACGAGAACUACGAGAACGCGCCCACGCUCGAGCAGAAAGAGAUCUUCAUCAAGGAGUACCUGAAGCACGUGAGCGGCGACGCGGUCGGCGCGGGCGCGGACAGCAUCGACGAGAUCAACCGCUUGUUAGAUGAGAUCGACGCGUUUGCGCUCGCCAGCCAUCUGUUCUGGAGCCUGUGGUCCAUCGUCAACGCCAGCAAGAGCCAGAUACCGUUCGGUUAUUGGGAAUACGGUCUAUCGCGCCUGGAAACGUACUUGCGUCUAAAACAGGAGCUGAUCAAGAAGGACAAGUACGGUUUCCCGCAGAAGAGGAAAAUCUGCGAAGUGGACAUUUGAGCCGCGAGCGACUGAGCACUGCGGUGUGUACUGUACUGUAUACUGUAGUGUACUGUAAUGUACUGCAGCGUAGUGUAUGUACUGUACUACGGUGUAUAGGGUAAUGUUCUGUAUAGUGUGAGGUACUGCAGUGCGACGUACUCUAGUGUAACUUACUGUACUGUAUAUUGUACUGUACUGUGCUAUAUAAUAUAAUGAACAGAGCAGUUCAAUGUGCUGUAGUAUGCCGCACUAUAUGCCACUGUAGUAGAUUACAUUGUUAUGUAGUACUCUAUAGUGUAAUAUACUAUACUGUAUAUAAUAGUGUACUGUACUGUGCUGUGUACGUAGUAUACUGUUAAGUAUUUUUGUCUCAACUAUGUAUAGAAAUUUGUGAAAUCUGUCUGUUCCUCGAUGUACCUAAAAUAUUAUUACAAAACCAAAUAUUAUCUAAAUAUAAUAAACAUAAUUUGUUGGUUUCAGUAUUAAUUGAACUAUUGAAAAUUAUUUAAUGUGAUUUAAAAUUAUUUAAAGCAUUUUGUGUUCUUUCGAAUGUCAGUGAAUUGGUGAACUGUUUUUGACGCUUUUAAAAAAAAGAUAAAAAAAUAGUUUAUGUUAUAGUCAAGCAAUAAUUUUGAGUGUGAAUUUUGAGCUAUAUGUUUUGCUCACGAGAGUCGGAUAUUUGUCUGUUCUCACACGAUAUACAGUGUGUUUCAUUUGUCAUUUUUUGACAAAAAUUAGUUAUCAGUGAUGAUUGAAAGCUUUUUAUCACUAUUUUUUUUUUCAAUUUUUCCCAAACAGACAAAAUACUACUGGUUGUAUUUAUUUGUAAAUAAAUUUCACGGACUGUAAAAUAUCUCGUUUUAAAAUUUUAAUAUGUAAAUUCCUCAUGUAUCCGUAUAAAAAAAAUCCAAAAAAAAAUCACAAAAUCAAAAACUUCCUUGUGCUGUUUGUUCAAAUAGAUUUGUAGCAAGUCAAUCGCCUUACAGUUGUCUCUGUGUAACUCCAUACGAUAGACAAGGACGGCACAUCACAGCUUUUCGUAAUUUUGUACAUUCGUCUCGCUCUAGCGUUGGAAGUUAGACAGAGACGGCUAUAUCUCCAAUAAGAGAGAUAUACUGUAAAUAGUAAAAUAUGUAAGUUGUUAUGUUAUAUAACACCUUGUACAUAAUAUUUAUAAUUAUUUGACAGUAUAUGUUUGCAAUGUCACUUCGAAAUCAAUGGACAUUUUUAAGGGCUUGGGAAAAAGUAGGUUAUCAAGUAGAGUUUAUAUUUUUUGGUGUGUUAUUUCUAACUCAGGGAGCUGAUUUCGAUAAUUCUUUUUUUUAUUUGAAAGCUGAUGCUUUGGUUCCAUUUAAAUAUCGUUCUGAACAUAAUAUGAAGGCGGUUUGCUUUUUGUAAAAAAAAAUUAUUGUAGGUGACCAAUAUGGAAAAGUCUGGGAAAGAAAUUAAGGUCGUAUAUGUAAUGUAAAAAAUAUCGCGCUCGAGUUUUGUGUGAGAACUCGUGUUAAAAUCUCACUGCUUCAGUAUUCGCACAAACAUUCCUUGUGAUUGUCUAUUUGUCUCGCUCUCCCUUAUGUAUAAGCGCCUGGGAUAGAGUGGGAGGGCAUGAUUUUAGAACGACUGUUUUUAACCUUUAUACGCGGGAGAGAAAUGAGUGCCUUUGGGUGGAAUUAAUAAUAGAUGACGUAAAGUAGUUAGGUAGAACUAAAUACGGUUGAUCUACAAAUCUUUUUUUACGCUGGACGCAUAUUUACUUCAUACAAAAAGUAUACAA